AUGACCAGCACCCAGAUUAAAUCCAUGGCCAACGAGCCCCCAACGCCAGCGUCUACCAAUCCUCCAUCGCCAGCGAAAAGGCGGAAGCUGACGGGUCGAGCUUUCUAUCAAAACUUGGGUAGCCCGAGGAUGGUUCUGGCGCCAAUGGUGGACCAGUCAGAGUUCGCAUGGCGCAUGCUCACCAGAUCCUUCAUGAGCCCUGAAGCCUCGAAAGACCUCCUAGCUUAUACCCCUAUGAUCCACUCACGCAUGUUCACCGAGACACCGAAAUUCCGAGACCAUCAUUUCCAGCCAACGAGAUCAGGGCUUGCCACUCCCCCAAAGAACGAUAUUGAACAACCCUCAGCAGACCUGUACCUCGACGGCCGCCCUACAGUUGACCGCCCACUUUUCGUCCAGUUCUGCGCCAAUGAUCCAGAUGACCUCCUUCAAGCUGCACGCUACGUUGAGCCCUUUUGCGACGCCAUUGAUCUUAACUUGGGCUGUCCGCAGGGCAUCGCGAAGAGGGGAAACUAUGGGGCGUUCUUGCAGGAGGAUUGGGACUUGAUCUACAAGUUGAUUCACAAGCUACAUAUGAAUCUGGACAUACCAGUCACGGUAAAGAUGCGCAUACUGGAGUCGAAGGAGAAGACGCUAGGAUAUGCCCAGAUGAUACUAUCAGCUGGCGCAAGCGUUAUCACGGUGCAUGGACGGCAUAGAGAUCAGAAGGGACACAAGACAGGCUUGGCGGACUGGUCUGUGCUGCGGUAUCUGAGGGAAAGGCUACCUCCGGAGACAGUCAUCUUUGCAAACGGCAACAUCCUACGGCACGAGGAUAUCUAUAGAUGCCUUGAAGAGACGGGCGCCGACGGAGUCAUGAGUGCAGAGGGGAAUUUAUACGACCCGACAAUAUUUGCCAAGCCACCACGUUCUGGCUCAGAGACUCGAGAAUAUUGGAGAGGCAGAAACGGGAAGGGUGGCUACCGUAUGGACGCUGUCUUCCGGAGGUACAUGGACAUCCUCUAUCAAUACGUUCUCGAAAAGCCUACACCGAAGCGAAACCCCCUCUUCCUCCCCUCCGACCCUCCCGUCGAAGAUUCCCCAACCACCCUCCACGGCCCUGCCAGCGAAGACACCGAUGGCCAGCCCCCAACCAAAAAGCAAAAGCGCGACAACAAGCAGCAAAGAACCACCUCACCGAACCUCCUCGCCAUGCAACCCCACCUCUUCCACCUCCUCCGCCCCCUCGUCGCAAAGCACCACCACAUCCGCGACGCACUAGGCAAGUCUCGCGCAGGCGACAUACCAGCCUUCGAAAACGUGUUGCAGAUGGUGGAAGCUGCCGUCAAGGAAGGCCUCCUAGACUACGAGGCCGAUCCCGCCAAAUACGAAGAUGCCGACCUCCAUUCGCAUGAGAAGGAACAAGAAGAAGAAGAAGAGAACCCGAACAAAGACUCGAGCUCCGUCGCGACGGUCAAAGCCUGCAAGCGGCCCUGGUGGGUGUGCCAGCCGUACGUGAGACCGCUGUUGAAGGAAGCGCUGGACAAGGGCAGUCUGACGAUGAGUAAGAAGGACAAGCGGCGGUUGGAGGCGGAGGCCGUCGUUGAAAAGAAGAGAUUAGAAGCGGAAGGGAAGAACGUGUCUGAGCAUCCAGAGGGAGAACGGGCUGAGAUGACGGAGAGAGAAAGAGUUGACGCAGAAGAUGGGUUGGCAAGGAGGGAAAUGCCGAAACAGAGUAUGGUGUGUGGAUGA